AUGAGCAGUAGUGCAUUAAGUUUAGAGCAGUGCGUCAAGCUCAUCAAUUCUUGCAACACAGCACCACAAGCAAAGCUUGUCCAUGCCCAAGUUACAUCCAGUCCGGCUGCCAAGUUAUUUCCAUCCUCCACCAUUGUCUAUCUCGCCAAUCUCAUGGUACAGAUGUACGGCAGGUGUGGCGACGUUGUGGAGGCUAGAAAAGUGUUUGACGCGCACUCAAAGAACAUCUACUCUUGGGUUGUCAUGCUCACGGCGUAUGCCCAAAACGGGCAUGUCGCGGAUGCCAAAGACGUGUUCGACAGAAUGCCGGAUUGGAAUCUCGUUUCGUGGAGCGCCAUGUUGACUGCGUACUCCCGGAAUGGCUACUUGGAUCGAGCGCUUUCGGUGUUUAACUCAAUGCCGGAGAGAAACAUAAUCGCGUGGACUGCCAUCGUUGAUGCAUAUGCCGAGAACCGGCAUCUUGUCCAGGCGGAACGAAGUUUUUACAGCAUGCCGGAAUGGAAUCUGGUGGCGUGCACAGCGAUGCUUGUUUGCUACACGGAAAAUGGGCGGUUUGACAAUGCGAGGGAAGUUUUCAACACAAUGAAGGAGCGUGACGUGGUGUCGUGGACUGCCAUGUCAUCGGCUUAUGCCCAAUCAGGGCAUGUUAGCGAGGCCCAGAAUUUUUUUCAGAGGAUGCCGGAGUGGAAUCUGAUUACGUGGACUGCCAUGCUGGUUUCCUACGCCAACAGUGGCAACCUGGUAGAAGCUCGAAGAGCUUUUGAUUCCAUGCCAGAGAGGACUUUGUUUGCUGACAACGCCAUGGCUGCAGUAUAUGCCCAGGUUGGUGAUCUUGAAAACGCAAAAUGCGUGUUUGAUUCCAUGCCUGAGCACAACAUAAUCUCUUCCACAACUCUUCUUUCAGCCUAUACAAAGCAAGGCCAUCUUGUUGAAUCCCAGGGACUCUUCCGUUCUAUGCCAGAGAGGGACGUGAUUGCAUGGAACGCGUUUCUCGCGGCAUAUGCCCAAAACGGGCACUGGAAGAGAGCAAAAGACGUGUUCGAUCGAAUGCCAGAACCCAACACCGUGUCCUGGGCGACAAUGCUGGGUGCAUCCAACACCCGCCUCGAUUUCACCCUCGAACUCCUCUGCAAGAUGGCGCUAGAUGGCGGCUCGGCAGCAGACGAAGCCUGUUUCGUGUGCAUGCUUGUCCGAUGCAACCACGCCGGGAGCCUGAAAACCGGCGUGCAAUGCUUCCUGUCGAUGCAGGGGGACUAUUUCGUAGCACCCACAAAGCAGCUCUACUGCUGCAUGACGGAUUUGCUCGGGAGGUGCGGGCAUUUGGGCGAUGCCCAAGAACUUCUCUCCACAAUGCCCUUUGUUCCCGAGGACGUGGAUUGGCAGUCACUGCUCGGGUCGUGCAAGAGUCACAAAAACGCAGUUAGAGGAAAGGUGGCGGCGAGGCGCGCACUAGACUUGGAUCCCGCGAGCUCGGCUCCUUACGUGCUCCUAGCCAAUGUUUGUACCAAUUAA